AUGGGUUCAAUUUAUUAUAUUUUUGUGAUAAACCGAGCUGGAUCUUUGAUUUACGACUAUGAGAAUCACGAGAAUGAGGAUAAGGUUAUAGAAAGGAGCUUUACAUGGCCAACAGGAAUUGUGAUAGAAUUGAUUGAUCAGAAACCAACAGUCGUGUUUGGAGAAAGAGAUGGAGUUAGGAUAAGAUAUUGGGUGAAUUCUGUCAAUGGAAGGGCUAUCAAAAGUAAGGUUUUUAACUUUUUGUUGAUUUUUAGAUGCUUGUGGAAGUGUUCGAGUUUUAACAGUUCUAAAAUGAGGUUCAGGGAGAAGAUUAUGGCAUUUUUGGAGACAUUCGACAUUUACUCUAAUAUACCGGGCGUUAAAAAGAUUAUUCGUUUCAGAUAACCGCUUCACGGACGAAGAUGGAGUAGAAAAGAACUUUAUAGACUACAUAAGUGACGAGAAAAACUUUCCAGUACGUCUAUCCUUCUCUCCGCCAGCUUUAACAGCCAAUGAGAAGAUCAUAUUAUCUUCAAUGUUCCAUUCCUUAUACACAAUAGCUAGCCAACUAAGUCCUGUAGCCAAGAGUUCAGGAAUAGAAACAUUGGAAACAAGUCAGUUUAGAUUGAAUUGUUUUCAAACAAUGACUGGAGUCAAGUUCAUCGUCGUAUCAUCACCUAUCAUUGAUCGACCGGUCAAUAAGCUCCUUCGACGAGUGUAUGAAUUGUAUUCGGACUUUGCUUUGAAGAAUCCAUUCUACUCGAUUGAUAUGCCAAUCAGGGCGGAUAAGUUUAAUGAAGCUAUAAAACAAACUGUGCAACAACAUGAAAGGCAACCGGGUGUCCAAAACGUUUAA